CACACACUCACACACACUGUACAUACGUCACACACGCAUACGCAGUACACACACAACAAUGGUCCAUUCAUAUCUUAAUGAUUUCGAGACCCCAUUCGAUUGUAAACAUAAAUACAUAAUAUUAUUACUAUUAUCAUGAUUAUUAUUAUCUCUUAGUAAGUUCGAUCACCCGAAAACAAGGUCGGCGGCGAGUAAUGAAAAAGAGAAAUCUGUUGUCUGAUCUCUAAAAGUCCUGGAUCUCAGAGCACUAGACUACAACUUUACUAGUACUAGAGCGGUUGUUAGUUGACCCGUCGGCCGCGGUUUUACGUUUGACAAGACUCGACUACACCGCCGUAAUCGUUUUUAUUCUUCCAUGGUCGGAGCUACACGCCACCAAGGGAAUCAUUGAACUCCACACCGAUUACGACUGGCGUGCCGCCCGACCACCACCAUCAAAUCAUGACCAUUUCGGUUCACAACAACGACUAAUCGUAACGAUGUGAUAAACACAAUACACAUUAUAUAUAAAUAUAUACUCAUACACACAAAAGCGUACACACACAACUAUGUAAUUUCGUAACGUUGUGUCGUUGUAGGUGUACGUGGAUUAUAUAUGUAUAUGUAUAAUAUAUAUAAAUAUAUAUAUACUUAUACAUAUAAAUAAUAUGAAUUGUGUGUGUGUUUGUGUGUGCGCGCGCGCGCAGCGUUUGUGUUCGUACUUCCAUAAUCGAUUGUAAACUCGAAUAAUUUGUCUAUAAUAUUGUUAUUGUUGUCGUCUUAGCCUUUGUCGUUGCCGUUGUUGUCGUUGAUGUUGAAGAUUUAAGUAUAACGCCGCAGUCGUGUCCGCGUCGGCGGACGCGCGACCGCCUGCCCGCCGAAGUACGGCCGAGUAAAAUGGCCCAAGCCCGAACGCGUUGAUCGUCGCCGGGCCAAACGAGACGACUGACACAGUUGGCGUGUGCGUGUGUUUGCAUGUGAGUGUUUGUUUGUGCCCAGACCGUCGGGUACUGGGAUUAUCCCACUAUCGGCACUAUCCCGGUCCUAAUCGCCAACACGUUCGUGCUUUAUCUACGGGCUUAAUGACUGGUUGACGAAUAAUAAUCUUUCAGAGCAUGACAUAUAUCAACAACGCAAUCAUGCUGAUCGAAGAAGAAGUCGCUGGCAACAUGUCGAACAAACACAACAGCAAGGUUCAAGAUAAAAAUAUUUGGAAAUCAUUGCGGACACACAUUUUAUCUCGGCGUGAGAAGAACAAACAAGCUGAAGUUGAUGCUGAAGUGCUAAGAAAAAAAAAAUGUGUAGAAUAUCAAAAAAUGCAAGAAAACAAAUUAUCAUUAGCACAGAUCAAUGGCCGUUUAUCUCAACUACGAGACAAACGUGAUGAACUUGAAGAAGAAAAACGUGCACUCUUGAAUCAGUCACAAGCUACUGAUGAUAGUAUGGCAACUGCUUUAGUAGUGCCUAAAACUGAGGCUAAUUGUGAACCUAUGAACAAUAAGACAGUAGUCACUAACAAUAUCAAUAAUGCUGUAGUUACAAAUCAUCGGCCGACCCCUUUACUUCAACAACAACAACAACAACAACAUAUAUUUAGACAACAGACUACAGCAGUAAAUGCACAGUCUGGUGCAGGAUCUCCUGCUGCAGGUAGCGGAUUAAGUCCAUUGGCACAACAGUCUUUGAUGAUGCACAAUUCCAGUACCAGUAACACUGGAGGUAGUAACCAAACAUUAUUGGUUUGUUCGCCAGCCACAAUAAAUGCUGCAAACAAUCAGAACAAUAAUGUGACUCGUUCUACUAUGUCAUUAGCAGCUUCUUUAUCUAGCACAAUGACUUUUACAAAAUUUCCGACGCUGUAUAGCAGUAGUACCACUCAUUUAUUAGCGCCGAAUGUUGGAACUAGUAACAAAAUGGGUAGAACACCAUCUCCACAACCCCAAACGAUACAGCAGCAAAACUAUCAACAGCCACAAAUUGUUGUACCUUUCCCUCCAUAUAAGCCAAUGAAUAGUGGUGGUAGUACUACUAGUAAUUUAAAUUCUACUGCUCCAGCUCCUGUAGUAAAUACCAUAAAUCAGUCAUUAGCUACUGGAACCAAUAGCAAUUAUCCUAUUGAAAAUUCAAAUAGACGUGGAAAUAGAGAUGACACUUCUCAGUCAUUUAAUAGAAAUGUCUGGAUAAACAACAAUUGCAACAAUAGUAACAAAAAUACGCAACCAAAUGUCAGUAAUUAUGGAUCAUUUUACCAAACUAAUUCUACUUCUGCAGUUAAUUAUUGUGUCAAUAAUGGCAUUUUGUCUUCAUUCCCCUCUUUAUCUUCAGUAAAUACUGUAUAUAGUUAUUCUGGGCCACCACCGCCACCGCCUCCCCCACCACCAAGAACAGAAUCGUCUAGUAGUGGUAAUUUAAUUGUGAGUACAGCUGGUGAUCAUGGAGCUCAGCAAAUACCAAAGCCUCCUUCUUCUCAUCAACACCAUCAACCUCAUCACCACGCACACUCCCAUCCACCUAUGUACAUGAGCCCAGGCAUUCGAAACCAAACUAGUAAUCACACAUAUCACCCUAAACCACCUCAUAGUGUCUACCCGGAUGAUAAGUCGGUACCUCCUCCGCCACCUAAUUUUUAUCAACAGCAAGGCAAUAGAAAUAUUCAUUUGUCAAAUACUACUACAGUCGCGUCACAACCACAUCAGAUGAAUCAAAAACCGCACAAUAUUGGUUAUCCUAUGCGACACCCCACAACUGCAUCUCCAGCUUCCCAACUCUCUCCAGCAAUUAUUCAGUCGUCUCAACAACACGCCUCAUAUACUGUUCCGACAAGUACAGUCACAGGGUAUUCAAAUAAACCGCCUGCCACUGUUGUUUCAACAGCCGAUAUUCCUAGAUAUCAACAACCACCACCUCAAACACCAAUGUCUAGACAUGAAUAACAAC